AGUCAGGGGCUUCUCCUUUUUUCUGCUGAUCUAUGAAAAUGUCAGUAUCCCCACUGAAGUGAUGAGAUUUGUUAACGACCCCCUCUGUGUGGACGUUGUGGGGGAGUUUGCAGUGACAACACGCUCUCAUCAAAAAUGUUUUGCUGCGCCUUAGUGGCCGAUGUAUUUCCCUGUAGGAUGUACUUGAUCACAUUUGCAAACUCAACCUAAUUCUUUGCCCCUAUAUGAUAUACUUCUCUGAUAGAUAACACUUUAUCGGUGCUCCAUGGUCUGGUCUGGUCUGCUUGAGGAAUGUCAUGUGACUACAUUUCCCAUGAUUCCUUGAUCUGUACCAGGAAAAACAAAACGGCAGCAUGCGAAGGGUGAGCCGCCAGGCGUGUGAGGACGGACCGCUGCUGGACUCCCAGGAGACGGAGGGCCAGAGGCAGCUCCACAGUCUCCUGGUCCAGCAGCUCCACACGGACGUAGACAUCGAUCGCCUGGUGGCCAAGCGGCGCUGCUUUGCCCCGGCUGCCCUCUACCGGCCCUUCGGGGAGCAGGCCAGCGGAGUGAGGAGCCUGUCCCAGUUCCAGGCCCUGCAGCACGGGGACCAGGAGCUGGCCAGCCUGCGAGAGCUGGGCCUCACCGACCCAGAGAUCCAUCUGUGGCUGAGCCGAGACGCCCCUGAGCUGACCGAGAAGAGCCACGGUGUGUGCGCGGCCCCUAGCGCCCGGCAGCAGCGCCUGCAGGUCAUCAGGGACAAGAUGGCGGCCCGGUCGGAGCUGCUGUCCCGUCCGCAGCGCUUCACCAACAGCCGGGCGCUGUCCCGGCGCGAGAUGGAGAUCGAGCAGGCGCUGUUCCACGGCAACGACCGCAUGGGCUUCCUCUCCGCGCUCUACCACCGCAAUCAGGAGAGUGAGGAGAGCCAGCAGGGGGCGCCGUCCACCUCCGACCCCAUGGACUCCGUCUACAGAGACGUCUUCAUCGAGGAGGGACGACCCGUGUCCCCCACGGGCCGGCAGGAGAACUCGCCCUAUCUAACCCCGGCCGACCAAUCACGGCGUUCCCUGACGAAGACCGACCAAUCGCAGGGCUCCGAACCGUCCCGACCGACGAGGAGCCCGUCCACCCCGUCGGAGCCCGGUCGUAACACAGCGGGUCGGGGCCCAACGCGAACGCACCACAAACCGCCGUCGGUUCCUCCGACGGAGCUGGAUAUCAGUCGGCCAAUCGGCAGCCUCUGUGCGGCGGGGCCUGACGGCGGCGUGCUGACGGUGCGAGGGGAUAUCGAGGUCGUCUCGGACGAGGACAUACGGGGGAACCGCGAGGCCGAGGAGGGGAUACGCGCCAUCCCCCGGUUCCAGAGCUACCGGCCUGGGGAACCCUCCAAGGUGCUGUGUGUGAAGAACCUCAGUGCGCAGGCGUCUGUGGCCCAGCUGGUGGCGCUGUUCUCCCGGUUCGAGGCGGAGGGCGGGCCAGCGCUGCGCUACCGCCUGCUGACGGGUCGCAUGAAGGGACAGGCCUUCAUCACGCUGCCAGACAUCGAAACGUCCCAGAAAGCUUUGGAGUUGAUCCACGGUUACAGGUUGCUAGGCAAGCCCCUGGUGAUUGAGUUUGGACGUGAACGGCGAGAGGAGGCGGGGCUACAGAAAGGAAGUACAACAUGACUUCCUGUUUAACAGAAAUGGACACUUAAAUUCAAGACAAACAACAUUUUUCUUGUUUAAUCUCUGUGCUGAACUGGGAAACCAGGCUGGUUGAACUGUGUUGGAUUGUACCAGAAACAAUCCAAGAGACAUCACCUCAUGUUGUGACAAUGUAUAAACUCUGUUUAAUAACUGCAGUAAUUAAACAUUAUUACGAACUCCUGAAGCUCCAGGCUGUUGACUUGACUGUUGGUUGAUCUGUAGGAGAAAAUAGAGUUGUCGUUCUUCAUUCACAUUCACUGUUUGAAUGAAUGUGAGUGGCCUACAAAAAUUGCAGCGUUGUCAGUUGCCAACAUUUCCAGGACAAUUAAAUAACAAACAUGCCCAAUAUUGAAGGCAAAGUUAAAGUCAGAAUUGUAGCUAUUUAGUUCAAGUUGUAGCUUUUUUAAUAGCCUCGACUAAUCAUUCUGUGAAUGUUUGUUUUAAUAAUCGAUCUGAAUUAAAUUAAGCUUAGCUCUGUGUAUUUGUAUGUGUUAGAGAGAGAGUGAAUGUUAUCUUAGUCUGACCUUGUAGACCUUCUAUCUCACCUAAUCAUUAAAUCACUCAAACACACACACA